CCAUAAGACUAAGUAUAAAAAAAUAUCAUCAGUAAAUUAAACUAAGGAACGUAGUAUUGAUUCUCUUUAGCUAACUUCAAGUUGUUUCUUUGAAUUUAAAAAACUAUAUUUGGUACAGUAUUUGCUAUAGUUUAUAAGUGUUACAAUAAACAAUUUGAGUUUCUCUUAAGUUCUCAAGGAGAAUCAAGAAAUUAGUAUAUCUAUGUAUACAUAGCAUUUAUGCUUAUUCAUUCAGCCAAGAAAGUCACUUUGCAGUUCAAGAUCAUCCAUUUAUCAGAGAAUAGGUGUUUAUAUGUUGCAAAAGAAUAUCAUGGAGGAUAAGCAACUGAAUUUGAAUCAACCCUUUCUCUCAGUAAGACGAGCCUCUCCAACAGUGGCUUCUGGGAGAGACGAGACAAAAAAAACUGAAUAUUUUCUGCCCACGGUAACUCAUCCUCCUCGUUACAAAUCAGAACUGAAAUCAGGCCCGGUGAGGAACCCAGGAGUUGUACCUUUCCGCUGGGAACAGAGCCCUGGAAAACCUAAGUAUGAAAGCAAACGCCAAAUUCGUGCUACCGAAAAACCGCCAAUUGCCCCGAGACUUCCCCCAGGGAGGAAGCUGAAAGAAAACCAGGAUUCUGAUAAGUCUCAUGAAACUCAAAAUGCUCGAGAUUCGACACCGAGCUGCAUGAAUUUGGACGAAAAGCCGAAAGAAAUGAAACAGGAUAAAGAAGAACGUGAAUCGGAGAAUGUUGAUGAAGUCUAUAUGGAUGCCCUCAACGAGCUUACAAGAACUGAAUCGUUCUUUCUGAAUUGUAGUGUAAGUGGCUUAAGUGGAUUAGACGAACCAGAAGCAAAACCAUCUGGUACUUCUUUAACAGAUCCACAAGCUAGAGAUUUCAUGAUUGAUCGGUUUUUACCAGCAGCCAAGGCCAUGGCUUCAGAAAAGACUUUAGAAACGCCUCCUCACUAUGCUCCCAAGAAGCAACCAGCUGCUGUUCAGGAGCAACCGAGACAACUCAAGAUGGUUGUAAAUGGGGAUAAACGGCCUCAACUGCGUUACGGACCUAGUUUUGCACUUCGUUAUUCCCAAGCUCAUGAUAAUUAUGAAGAAGAAGAAGAAAGUGAUGAUGACAGUUGUUAUGAUGGAAAUCUACCUUAUAAAGUUUGUGGAUUAUUGCCUCGUUUUUGCUUGAAAAGUUCAUUUUGUCUUAUGAAUCCUGUACCUGGAAUGAGUGUUAGAACCAAAGUACCCAUGUCUCCUGCUAGUAGAACACGGACAGGAUCAUCAUCUACCACUUCCUGUAGCGGAUCCGAGAAUGAGAAGUAUACUCGCUUUCAAGAAUUAUUCGAUUAUCGGAACGAUGCAAGCGAAGUGGAUUUAGCAGCUCCUCUGGCAGAGAAAACUCUGCAUGUAGAUAUUAUACAUAAGGUGGAAUCUCCAAUUAUGAACUCAUGUUCUCCUAAAGCAGAGAGACCACUUAACUUCCACGAUAAGGACCAUGAGACUCUUAAAAAGACAACAGAACAAAAGCCCUUGUUAGAUUCUUCGCUUGGUUAUGUAGCUAAGCCUGUGGAUGGUAGAGCUUCAAAGACAAAUACUCAAAAAGAAGUUUCCAAUGGAGGGGAAAUGAUGGUUUCUGGACAAGCUCAAGAUGGUUACAAGGAUGCAGUCGCCUCAGUGAAACCCAAAAAUGAUGUUAAACGAAGUACCAAAAAGCAAACUGUAAGAAAAGAAAUGUUGGAGAACUCAUGCUUAAUGAAUUCAAAUCUUCUUGCUCCCCCUCCUUUACCAAAAUCUCCAUCAGAUUCAUGGCUUUGCCGUACUUUGCCUUCACUUUCCACAAAAAAUCCAUCUUCGAGAUCAUAUGUUGGGACAGGAAUAAGUCCUAACAAUCAAUCUUGUAAGCCACUAUCUAAUGAUCCCAAGUGGGAAACAAUCGUUAAAACAACAAAGGGACAUAAACAACAUUUGCGGUAUACAGAGGAAAUGAUGGCAUUGACACCUAUACCAGAAGCUUAAUAGAAGAUGUAUAGACUUUUCUGAAUAUGGCUGGUUGUUUCCCAAUCUUUCCCCGUUUCCCGUGUAAAUGAACUAGUUUCUCGGGGUAAAUCAAUCGGUACAAUGGGUUGCAAGGUGGUGGAAAAUAUUCAGUUUUUGUCUGAUUUUACACUUCUGUUGUCCAGUUAUGAUGGGUUUGUAACUGUAAGUUUUGUGCCCAAUUCAUAUUAUGUAAUUACACCACGGAAUAAAAGUCUUUGUACAGGUAUGCGUGAGAGUAGACUUGAAUCCCCUAUAUGAUCGAUUCAUAAUAAGAACAUUUCUGGUUUCCAUGUAUA